UAUAUGAACGGAACGAUUUCAGAGGGGAGUAAUCAACGCAAACCGUGAACCCACUGGCCAACUGUUGAUGUGUUAGUUUAUCCACAGAGACGACCAACCAUGACUUCACUGGGGAGCAGCAGUUCCCCGUCCACAGAAUACACAGUGCGAGUCCCAAAAAACACCAACAAGAAGUACAGCAUUAUGGGUUUCAAUUCAGGAGACAAGGUCAACUGUUCUGCCUGGACACAGGCUCGUAUGGAAAGAGACAUGAGUGCUCGGCGGAUAUAUGGGGAAGAAGAGUCGGUGGAUGGCGCGGCUGGCAGUGAGUUUGGCAAAAAGCAGCGCGAGGAAUCACGGCGGAAGAAGUAUGGCAUUGUGAAGCGUGAGUUCAAAGUGGAGGACCAGCCCUGGAUUCUCAAGGUCAAUGGCAAGGCCGGCAAGAGGUUCAAAGGUCUAAAGAAGGGUAGUGUUACAGAAAACGCGUCCUACUACAUCUUCACACAGUGUCCCGAUGGGGCGUUUGAGGCCUUCCCCGUCAACGGCUGGUACAACUUUGUACCACAGGCCAAGCACCGAACGCUCACUGCUGAGGAGGCGGAGGAGGAGUGGGGCAGACGAAACAAGGUGGUGAAUCACUUCAGCAUCAUGCUUCAGAGACGUUUCCGGGAGCAGGAGCGCGGCUGCGAUGAUGACGACGAUGAGAACGAGAAGGGUGGGAAGAAGAAAAAGAAGGGAGGGAGAGGGGGCGAUCUGCGCAUUACCGACCUGGAAGAAGACCUGGAGAUGAGCAGCAGCGACAGUAACAGCAGUAACGGGGAUGAUGGAGAGAGCAAACCAAAGAAGAAGAAAGAAACAGGGAAAGGAAAAGGGAAGAAGAAGAAGAAGAAGAGCAGUGACAAAGAGGCCUUGGAGGACAGUGAUGACGGAGACAACGAGGGUCUAGAGGUGGAUUACAUGUCAGAUGAGAGCAGUUCAGACGAGGAGCCAGAGAAGGGGAAGAUGAGCAAAGGAGAGGACCACCCCAAAGGAAUAGACGAGGCGUCUGAAAGUGAGGAAGAGAGUGAGGAGGAGAAACAGAACGAAGAGGAAACGAAAGAGGAGGAAGAAGAAGAAGAGGCGAAGACAAAAACGCCAGCUCCAGCAGAAAAGAAGAAGAAAAAAGACAGCAGCGGCGAGUCAGAAACCUCAGACGACAGCGACAUCGAGGGAGAGACGGCCUCAGCUCUGUUCAUGAAAAAGCGCACGCCUCCAAAGCGCGGAGGACGCGGCUCUGCAGGAAGCUCAAAGGCCGGCAGUCGCCCCGGGACCCCGUCCAUAGACUCCGCCGCCACCUCCAACACACUCCGAGCUGCUGCCAGCAAGCUGGAGCAAGGUAAGAGACCGCCUCCGGGCCCCAGCACGGACUCACCUGCUGCCAAGAGGCUGAAGAUGGAGCCCAGCAGUCAGAGCCCCGUCCCCUCUGGGAAGAGUACGCCUCAACCCCCGCCUGGGAAAUCUACUCCUAGCUCAAGUGACGUGCAGCUAACAGAGGAGGCGGUGCGGCGCUACCUGAUCCGUAAACCGAUGACCACCAAAGACCUGCUGAAGAAGUUCCAGACCAAGCGCACGGGUUUGAGCAGCGAGCAGACGGUCAACGUGCUGGCUCAGAUCCUGAAGCGCCUCAAUCCCGAGCGCAAGAACGUGAACGACAAAAUGCAUUUCUACCUAACCGAAUAAGCGAUGGAAGAAAGGUAUUAAGCGGCAGGGGGAUGGAAAAG